AUGAUCGGACUUCUAGCCAUCACCGCCAUCCCAACAGUGACGGGUGUAUCCCUCGCUUCCAGCGAGCAGCGCAAAGCAAACCAGCGCAGAGAAGAGGCCCGUCGCAUGGUGAAAUUCAACAUGUUCGCAGAAUGCAAUGGGGACACAGAUGAUGACCGCGAGUUAAACGGAAUGACUGUUGUUGUAAGGGAUGAGAAGGUUUAUCUCGCCGACCCAGAUCCCGCCAAACGGUCCCCACCAGCCUUCACAGCCCUAGCCUUCUAUAUCGAAUACCCAGAACCGGAAGAAUUGAAAUAUCUCAAGCGCGAGCGUGGCCUCGGCCUCCCAACUUAUGUGCAGGACAACCCGCCCCUUCUCAACUGGAUCUACGCAGAUACCGAAACGCAUGAGCUGCGAUACGGGAAUCGGUCGCAGAGUGUGGAACAGCUGGUUGAGCCGUGGGACUGGUGUAAGAAUGAGAGGAUCAUUUCGCUGGACAAGAAGCAAAAUGCUUUCAUUGCGGUUGAAGAAGAGGAGGGUGAAUGGGCGCUUUAUUAUGAUCGUGACGGCGAUGAACUUGCGCGCGUUCUUGAAGAACAAGAUUUGUUGGAUUGCGCUUUCGUCCCUGUCACGCUGGUGAGGAAGGUUGUUGAGGAGAGACCGCCACCACCUCCUGCUGCUCAGGCUGCAGCUCCUCGGGGUCAGGGGAAUGGUCAGAGCCAGAGGUAG